AUGGUGUGUCUACCAUCCAAGAUAAACUUAAUCAGUUCUCCCAUCUACACGUAUACUAUGGCCUCUUCAAUCAGUCCAGAGCCUAUAUCGGUUCUCUUUGUCUGCCUGGGAAACAUCUGCAGAUCGACCAUGGCCGAGGGAGUUUUUAAAUCCCUCGUUUCCCAGCUUUCCAACAAGAAUUCCAUUCGGGUAAUCGACAGCUGCGGAACUGAAGGCUACCACGUUGGCUGUUCGCCUGACUCAAGAACGAUGUCAACUCUGAGAAACAACGGAAUUCUAGAUUACCAGCAUGCUGCGCGAAAGAUACGAUCCUCCGAUUUCGAAAAGUUUGACUACAUCUUUGCCAUGGAUCGUUCUAAUCUAGAAAACUUGCAGGCUUUACAGAAGAAGGCCGGUGGAAAGGCAAGGUUGAUGCUCUUCGGAGAGUUUGCAGGCAAAGGUUCACCAGAAGAAAUAAUUGAUCCCUAUUAUGGCGAGCUGGAUGGUUUCGAAGAGGCAUUUGAGCAGUGCAUGCGAUUCUCAAAAAAAUUCCUAUUUGAGACACUCGCGCACGAUAAGGUUUAG